AUGACUUAUCAGCAUGUUAUUGCUUGUCGCUAUAAUUACAGACCUCUUGAUGAAACUAAGCGAAUUCAAGACGAACGCCAAAUGAAAGCUGCAGAGCGAAGAAAUUAUAAUCAAAAAGAAAGAUUAAAAAAAGUAAAAUCAACCUUAGAAAAGGGGAAAAAAAUUCGACAGCAGCAAGAAGAGAUGCAGCGACAAAAGAAAGAAUACUUUGAAAAGAAGCAUACAACAGCUGAACAAAAGAGACUUGAUCAACUACGAGAAAUAGUACGAAAGGCUCAGGAAGAAGAUGCCAAAAUUAGUGAGAUUGCGUUUAUUAAUUCAUUGGAAGCCCAAAAUAAGAGGAUUGAAGUAUUUUCGAGACAUCAGACCGAGAGGCAAAGAAAAUUCGAAGAACAAGCUGCAAAGGAAGAAGCUGCGCUGGAGCGACGACGUGCCUUGGAAGCCGAAAGGCAAUUUAAAUUAGAAGAGUUGCGACUAAAAAAAUUAGAAAAGGAGGCCAAAGUAGAACUUCAACGGCAGGAACGUGAUAAGGCUAGAAGUGAUGCCCUGAAGGAGAAAGCACG